UUGGCUGAGAGGCGGAGCCCAGGGCGAGGCGACCAGUUAUUCGGUCCGCGCCGGGGGGUCGCCGGCGCCUCAGACGGUGGAGCCUGCUGGCUGCGUGGCGCCUCGGUGGGGUCGAGUCCCUGGGAGAAUCCACAAAAUGGCAGAUAGCUUGGAUGAAUUUAUUGAAGAGCAAAAAGUGAAACUGGCCAGAGACAAAGCUGAAUUGGAAAGUGAUCCACCUUACAUGGAGAUGAAGGGAAAGGCAUCAGAGAAACUCUCUGAAAACAGUAAAAUAUUAAUCUCUAUGGCUAAGGAGAACAUACCACCGAACAGCCAACAGCCCAAGGGAUCCUUAGGUAUUGAUUAUGGAUUAAGUUUACCAUUAGGAGAAGACUAUGAAAGGAAGAAACAUAAAUUAAAAGAAGAAUUGAGGCAAGAUUAUAGACGCUAUCUUACUCAGGGCAUUACGCAAGCAAAAAGAAAGAAAAAUUUUCUAUCUACCGGUGAAACAGAUCCAUCUACUCUAGGAGUUUCUCUUCCUAUUGAUGAACGGUUAUCUGCCAAGGAAAGGUUGAAACUUGAACGCAACAGAGAAUACAAUCAAUUUCUCAGGGGUAAGGAAGAAUCUAUAGAAAAGGUCAGACAGGUAGAAAAGAAUAUUGAGCAGCCUAAGAAUCAAAGAAAUAAAAACCCUGUUAGUCAAGAUAAAUCUGAUCUACCUCCACAAAUACAAACUUCAUACACACAUUCAGAGGGACCUCCAUACGAAGAGCUUCUAAAUCAAAGACGGCGAGAAGAGGGCAGAUACAGACAACUAGAUGAUGAAACUGAAUUAAGGAAUAGAAGACUUCUUAAACAGGCAAAUGAAGAAAUAGGCCUUUCUGGUACAAAACAUCAAAGCUUUGCCAGCAAGUCUGGUGUUCCAGAGAGAAGAGCUCGCAGAUUUAAUGAGGAACGUGUUCUUGACAGACAAUACUGUAGAGCCGACCGAGAUCCUGACGGACGUGAAGAAAUGGACGAGAGGUUUAGAUAUGAAAGUGAUUUUGAUAGAAAACUUUUGAGAGUAUAUCCAUAUGAAAGGCCGCGUGGAAACAGACGAGAGGGUAUGCCUCCUGCGGGGAAUGAGGAUGAUGGCACAGGACAACCAAACACACAGACUUCCUGUCCUAGAUAUACAAGUGCUCAAAAUAAUGAACCACCCAAGUCUGCUGAUGGUGCUGUUAGUCCGUUUGCAGGGAUGCUCUUUGGAGGUGAAGAGAGAGAAAUUCUCCAGAGAAAGAAAGAGAAAUACAGGCAAGAACUAUUGGAGCAGAUAGCUGAGCAACAGAAGAAAAAGAGACGAGAAAAAGAUUUAGGACUCCCAGUUGCAGCUUCUGGAGUACAAGACCCUGAGAAAUCGUGGAGUGAAUCACACACAUCAUUGCAGUUAAGUAAGGAGGAGCCUGAUAGACUAAAGCAGUUUAGUUUGACACCAAGACACUUUGAAGAGAUGAUACCACCUGAGAGACCCAGAGUAGCUUUCCAGACACCUCCCCCUCCUUUAUCUGCCCCGCCUGCCCCACCUGUCCCACCAGUUCCUUGCGCCCUUUCUCAAAAUGAAGACUUGCACAGUGGACUCAGCAGCACCCUUGGUGACAUGGUGCAUCCCAGGAUUCUGCCUCUGCCUCCACCUCCUGUGCUACUACCUCUAGCCCCCAACUACCGGACUCCUUAUGAUGACGCAUACUAUUAUUAUGGUGCUAGGAACACACUGGAUCCCAAUAUUGCUUAUUAUGGUUCAGGAGUGGUUGGAGGACAGCCUGCUCCUUAUGUGUCUGCUCCUGUCACUCACCAACUAGCACAGCCUGUUGUGAAUACUGUUGGACGGAAUGAACAGAAAAUCCUGAGUGAUGGACUGAUGAAUUCAGGACUUAUCUUUGAGGAUAAACCAAAACCUUCCAAACAGUCACUUCAGUCCUACCAAGAAGCUUUGCAGGAGCAGAUUCGGGAGAGAGAAGCAAGACGGAAGAAGGAACGUUUAGAAAAGGAAGAGUAUGAAGCCAAAUUAGAAGCUGAAAUGAGGAGUUACAACCCCUGGGGCAAAGGCGGAGGUGGUGCUCCUCUCAGAGAUGCCAAAGGAAAUCUGAUAACUGAUUUGAAUAGGAUGCACAGACAGAAUAUAGAUGCCUACCAUAACCCAGAUGCAAGAACAUAUGAAGAUAAAAGGGCUGUUGUAUCUAUAGACCAAAAUUUAGCCACUUCAAAUGCUGAGAACCUAGAAGAUUCUGCAAAUAAAAACUCAGGUCCUGUGCAAACACAAGGCUGUCCUUUUCCCCGGGGAAACACAUUCGAUGAGCCGCCCACUGACCUUCAGAUUAAACAGCAAGAAUUAUACAAGAAUUUUCUUCGUUUUCAGAUUGAGGAAAAGAGACAAAGAGAAGAAGCAGAGCGAGAGAGGCUACGAGUUGCUGAAGAAAAGGAAGAAAAGCGGCUUGCAGAGCAGAGGGCAAGAAUUCAGCAAGAGUACGAGGAGGAGCAGGAGAGGAGGAGGGAGAAGGAGGAGGAGCAAAGGCUAAAAAAUGAAGAACUUAUUCGGUUAGCCGAAGAGAGGCGGAAAGAAGCAGAAAGAAAGAAGAAAGAAGAGGAGGAGAAACAUAACUUGCAACUUCAGCAUUACUAUGAGAGAGAGAAUAGGACUGUGGAUGAUGAGACAAAGCACUUGAGACAGCCUUCCCCUGUAGUUCCUGCUCUUCAGAACAAAAUCGCAAGCAAACCCCAAAGACCUCCUUCAGUCGAUACCAUCAUCAGUUCCUUCAUUCAUGAAAGUUCUGUGUCCCGGGCACAGUCUCCUCCAGUACCUGCAAGGAAGAACCAGCUCCGAGCAGAAGAGGAGAAAAAAAAUGUAAUUAUGGAGUUAUCAGAAAUGAGGAAGCAGCUCCGAAGUGAAGAGAGGCGUUUGCAGGGGCGGCUGCUGCACCUGGACAGCGAUGACGAGAUCCCCAUCAGGAAAAGAGAAAGGAACCCCAUGGAUAUAUUUGACAUGGCUAGACAUCGGGUACAAGCUCCUGUCAGAAGACCAUCACCGAAGGCCUUAGAUGCUACUACUUUCCAGAAUAUUCAUGACUUUAAUGAGCUUAAAGAGAAAGAUUCAGAGACACGAGUGGAUCUGAAACUAAUGUACCCAGAUCCUCCACGAGACCAUCACACCUUGGAGAUCCAGCAGCAGGCCCUGCUGAGAGAGCAGCAGAAGAGGCUCAACAGGAUGAAGAUGCGGGAAGGGGUGGGAGUUGAUUUAGAUGUGCUCUCCAGUGGUAACAUACAGGGGCGCAGAAUGCCCAGAAAUGACACUGAUUUUUUGAAAAAUUCAUUACUAGAAUCGGAUAGUGCUUUUAUUGGUGCUUAUGGUGAAACAUACCCUGCCAUUGAAGAAGAUGUCUUCCCUCCGCCAUCACAGCUGCCUUCUGCAAGGGAGCGCAGGAGGAACAAAUUUAAAGGACUAGAUUUUGAUAGGAGUCAGCUCCACACACCACCAGAUGGUCUCUCUUUAAAAUCUACCUCCAGUGUAAAUGUCGAUCAGGUUAGAAUGAGAAAUGAAGACAGGAUGAGAAGACUGAACGAGCAUCAGAAGAAACCCGCCAACACAGAUGAUGAGAGCUCACUGGUUGAUCCUGAUGAUAUCAUGAGACGCUUGGGUGAUGAUAGAUGCAACUCUGUGGCAACUGAGCCCUGGCUCCGCCCUGGCACCUCUGAAACUCUGAAACGGUUCAUGGCAGAACAACUGAAUGAGGAGCAGCAGCAGGUCCCUGGGAAAACAGGCACUUUGACUUGGCAGGGCCUGUCUGCUGCACAUGCUUAAAAUAAACCCACUCUGGACCCAGCAGUGCCUUUUACAGGGGAAGUAACGUUCAGUCUGUAUCUUGAAUAAUGUAUCUUGCCGGUGGCCCUACUUCUGUAUUAGUUAUGUUCUAGCUAUAUAUAUAUAAAGUGUAUUUUCCCAUGAUGAUACAUGUUAUAUAUACAUGUAUAUUAUGUACAUAAAAGCCCUGAUUAUUGAUUUCUAAUAUAAUUGUAUAGAAUUAUUUUUUGCAAUUUUGCCAUGGGGUGGUAAUGAACUCUUGAUUCAACUACCGUGUGUGCAUUAAAUUCUGAUUGCCAUUAAGUGGUGGUGAAUUAAAGUCACUAGUUCCCUUGCCACUGUUAGCGUAUUUAAACAGUUCAUAGUGAAUACAACCAUUGUAGCUGUGACUGUGCCAGUUGCUAUGUAAUGAGGGACCAAAACAAGCUGCUCAUUUUCAUAUUUUUAGCUACAGAUUACAUAGGAGCAAAGGGAGAUAUGAUCAUACCUCCAUGAGCCAUGACUAAAUGUUCCAUUUUUCUGCCGAUAUAAGCACAGACUCACUCAGUUAGUAAUUUAUCUGGUUUCACUAUUUCUUGAUACAAAUAAAGUUCUAUUUUUCCUAA